UCGAUUUUCUUGAAGAAAAGUCAUAAACUGACUCCUUUAUUUGUUUUUAGUCGCUAAACGGAGUUUUUUUCUGGCAGAUAAACAGAUUUUAUCUCCUUCAGAUUAAACAAACGUUAAGCAGGUUUUCAGAAUCCUUUCACUUUCGACUUCUGUGUCAUCCAGCACAUUUCCUCCUUCGUGCUCUCGGGCCUGUUUUCCCCAGAAUAACUCUUUCUCCGUAUAAACCAUGGCUCUGGUGGAGGUCAGCGGGCUGCGGCGGUUCGUGGAGCUCCGCGAUCAGAUCCUCCCCGCCGGACCGACGCCGCUGCUGCACCGGACCGGCCACUACACGUUCGGGGCAGAAACCCCGGAAUUCGCGGUUCCUCUGGGUGUAGAUCCCUCAGGGUUUCUGAAGUCCUGCAGCCGGGAUGGAGGAGUGAGUAUCGACAUGAACCAUGGCACCACCACCCUGGCCUUCAAGUUCAGGCACGGGGUCAUCGUGGCGGUGGACUCCAGAGCCUCAGCCGGAAACUAUUUAGCGUCCACCAACGCCAACAAGGUGAUUGAGAUCAACCCCUACCUGCUGGGCACCAUGUCGGGCAGCGCGGCCGACUGCCAGCACUGGGAGAGACUGCUGGCCAAAGAGUGCAGACUGUUCAAGCUGAGGAACAACCAGCGGAUCUCCGUGGCCGCGGCCUCCAAGCUGCUGUCCAACAUGAUGCUGGGCUACCGGGGCAUGGGCCUGUCCAUGGGGAGCAUGAUCUGCGGCUGGGACAAGGAGGGCCCGGGGCUGUACUACGUGGACGAGAACGGGACCCGUCUGUCCGGCCAGAUGUUCUCCACCGGCUGCGGGAACAGCUACGCCUACGGCGUGGUGGACAGCGGCUACCGGGAGGACAUGACGGUGGAGGAGGCGUACGAGCUGGGCCGCCGGGGCAUCACUCACGCCACGCACCGGGACGCCUACUCCGGAGGCGUGGUCAACAUGUACCACAUGCGUGAGGACGGCUGGAUCAAGGUGUGUCAGGAGGACGUGUCGGAGCUCAUCCACCGCUACAAGAAGGGCCUGUUCUGAGUGUUCACACACACCGGGACCGGGACGGGACCGGGACUGCCGUCCUGCUGCUGCUGGACGUCUGCAGACCGACCAGGCUCAUUCUGAUCACAUCCUCUCUGAAAACAACUAAUAAAGACUCCUCCAAUCCA